AAAGUGAUUUUUAGAGAGAGAGAGUAUCUGGUGGGUUUUGAGCUGUGAUUUAGCUGUCUUCUUCUCUCUCAUCCCCCUUCACACGCUCUCCCAAAAUCCCUAGAAAAAUCCCUCCUUCCAUCACUCAAAUCUCAAAACCCUCUUUCCUUACUACAUUUUCAAAAAUCUCAUCGGAUUGCUUUUCUGAGUUUUGGGUUUUGGGUUUUUCAUUUUCAAAAGUAUUGCUCAAGCAUCAGAUGUCUAAUUUCUUCAGAUGAAGAACAUCUCAUCGCAUUAUUUCAAUCUCUUGUACUUUGUUCUGUUUACAUUAUCAGUUGCUCGUAUUUCUUGUUUUUCCGAUGGUGACGGCGGCGGUAGCGGUGUUAGAGGUUCUGGUCCGCUCACUGACAGUGAGGCCAUGUACAUCCGGCAACGGCAGCUGCUGUAUUACCUGGAUGAGUUCGGCGACCGGGGAGAGAAUGUAACGGUUGAUCCUUCGUUGGUUUUUGAAAACCCUAGGCUCAGAAAUGCUUACAUUGCUUUACAAGCAUGGAAGCAAGCAAUACUCUCAGAUCCACAAAAUCUAACAUCCGAUUGGGUUGGAUCUGACGUGUGCGGUGGAUACACCGGAGUGUUUUGUGCUCCGGCGCCGGAUAACCGGUCUGAAAGAACAGUCGCCGGAAUCGACCUCAACCACGGCGACAUUGCAGGGUACUUACCGGAGGAGCUUGGACUUCUUACUGAUCUUGCUUUGUUCCACAUCAAUUCAAAUCGGUUCUGCGGAACAAUCCCGAAAAAGUUUCAGAAGUUGAAGAUACUCUUCGAGCUAGAUAUCAGCAACAACAGGUUCGCCGGAAAAUUCCCUAAUGUUGUUCUUAAAUUACCGAAAUUAAAGUUUUUGGAUAUCCGGUUCAAUGAAUUUGAAGGUAAUGUGCCUAAAGAGCUAUUUGAUAAAGACUUGGAUGCCAUUUUCAUCAACCACAACCGGUUUCAAUUUGAAUUGCCGGAUAAUUUUGGUAAUUCGCCGGUGUCGGUUAUUGUUUUGGCAAAUAACAAGUUCCAUGGGUGUCUUCCGGCGAGCAUUGGGAACAUGUCUGAUACGUUGAAUGAGAUUAUAAUGAUGCAUAAUGGGUUGAGAUCGUGUGUGCCGGAUGAAAUUGGGAUGCUGAAUCAGGUAACGGUGUUGGAUGUGAGUUUUAAUCAGUUGAUGGGACCAUUGCCGGAGAGUAUUUCUGGUUUGGUGAGUGUGGAACAGCUUAAUGUGGCUCAUAAUUACUUGUCGGGAAGUAUACCGGAAAGUGUUUGUAGGUUGCCGAGGUUGGAGAACUUUACGUAUUCUGAUAAUUUCUUCACUGGGGAGCCGCCGGUUUGUUUGAAUUUGGAAGUGUUUGAUGAUCGGAGAAAUUGUUUGCCGGCGAGGCCGGCGCAGAGGUCGGCUAAUCAGUGUAAGAUGUUUGCGUCGAAGAAGAUACGUUGCAGUGCUUUUAGGUGUUCUCCGUUUGUUCCGGCGCUGCCGUCUCCUCCACCGCCGUCUCCUCCGGUGCCUGUACUUUCGCCACCUGUUGUGACUCCAUCGCCUCCUGUUUAUACCCCACAAUCGCCAUCUCCUCCACCACCGCCGCCACCUUCACCUCCUCCACCUGUUUACUCACCGCCACCACCUCCACCGUCUCCCCCUCCUCCAGUUUACUCACCUCCUCCGCCUCCACCUCCACCACCUCCACCUCCACCUUCACCCCCACCGCCAGUUUACUCCCCUCCACCACCUCCACCAUCACCUCCUCCUCCGUCUCCCCCACCACCACCUCCACCAUCACCUCCCCCACCAUCUCCCCCACCACCAUCUCCUCCACCACCUCCUCCACCUUCUCCACCACCACCCUCACCUCCACCACCUCCUCCACCUUCUCCACCACCACCCUCACCUCCACCCCCAUCUCCACCACCGCCCUCACCAUCACCUCCACCUCCACCACCGCCACCACCCCCUCCAUCUCCACCACCACCGUCACAACCUCCUCCAUCACCUCCACCUCCUUCAAUAGCUCCGCCUUAUUGUGUAAGACCACCACCACCACCACCACCCACUGCAUCUCCACCUCCCCCACACUUUUAUUCCCCACCUCCUCCCCUUCCUUACUACUAUAACUCACCACCUCCACCACACUCGCCUCCGCCACCACACCAUUCACCUCCUCCACCAUCCUACAUAUACUCUUCACCUCCACCACCGACAUAUCAUUCACCACCUCCACUAGUCCAUUCUCCACCUCCACCAGUCCAUUCUCCACCUCCACCAUUACCCCCUCUCUGUAUAGAACCACCACCACCACCACCUCCUUGCACAGAAUACUCACCGCCACCACCCUCACCCUCCUCGCCUCCUCCAAUCCACCACAAUUCACCGCCACCAAUCCACCAUCCAUCACCUCCACCAGUAAUAUACGAGAGCCCACCACCUCCAGCUCCAUCAUACGAGGGCCCACUACCUCCUGUAAUUGGAGUCACAUACGCAUCUCCUCCUCCACCACCCUUCUAUUGAUUCUUUUAAGAAUUUUCCUGUAAUUCUCGUACUCAAAACUCCAACAAAGCCCUGCAAUUAUUACACUACAACCACCAUUGUCGAAUUUUUCAUCACAAUCUAGUGAUGACGAAAAACAUCAGGAUUAGAUUUUUGCGGGCAUUAUUACAUGAUCAUCUUCAGAAAAACAGAUAAUCAAAGACGCAAGAAUGGAAAAAAAAGAAAAAAAAAGAGGUAAGAGGAGGAUUCUUUCCCCCAAUAUUUAUUCGAAAUUGUUAUGAGAUAAUUCGAUUUGUGAAAAUAAAUUGCCAGGGAAAAUUUGUAGGUUGCAGAGAUGUUUUAUGUAUAGAGAAUAUCCAUCAUCGGUUGCUACUGCAACUGGUUUUGGUUUUUCUGGGUUUUUAUUGUUAUUAUCAUACUUUUGUUUUCAAAUUUUAUAGUAUAAUCAUGAAUCAUCAACAUUUUUACUUGUAUUUCUAUUAAUUAAUUAUCAUCGUGAAGCUUUUUUCA